UGUGCCUUUAGAUUAUAUGCACCUGGUAUUGUUAGGUGUAAUGAAGAAACUCAUACAGUUAUGGGUGAAGGGUCCACUUAAAGUGAGAUUAAGUUCAGAAGAAAUAAGAAAAAUUUCUAAAAGACUGUUGAAUCUUCGUUGCAGCAUACCUUGUGAAUUUGGGAGAAAACCACGAUCGUUAUUGACAUAUGCACAUUGGAAGGCAACAGAGUUUCGGACAUUCUUAUUAUAUACAGGACCUGUGGUUUUGAAGAAAAUAAUGGUAAAUGGUGUAAAAAAGGAAAUGUAUGAGAACUUCUUACUUCUACAUACUGCGAUAUCUGUUUUAGUGAGCGAAAUUAAUCUUUCUCCAGAGAAUAUACAGUCUUGUCACGAAUUGUUAGUAAAUUUUGUCCAAGGUUUUCAAAAUAUUUAUGGGGAACAAUUUGUGUCACAUAAUGUGCACAACUUAUUACACCUUAUUGCGGAUGUUAAGAAGUUUGGACGCUUGGACAAGUACAGUGCUUUUAGAUUCGAGAACUAUAUGUCAACGAUAAAGAGAAUGAUAAAAAAAGGACAUAAACCUCUUGAACAAAUUGCCAAAAGAUACUCUGAACGCGAAGCUGUACUAAAUGAUGUGAAUAUUAAAAAAACAAAUUUGCAAAGACCACACAACACCGGACCAAUUACUAAAGAUGUCUCCGAUAUAAAAAAACAGUAUAAAGUAUUCCAGACUGAAUCAGUUAAAAUUAAUUGUCUUCAAUUAAAGAAUAGUUGCGUUUUGUUAAAGGACGGUACCUUCGGUCAAGUUUUAAAUAUUAUCGACUGUAUCAAUGAUACACGACUAAUAGUACAGAGAAUCAUGUCUACUGAUGCAUUAUAUGAAUUCCCAGAUUCUAGGUUGAUAAACAUACAUAAAGGAAUUCUUUUGAAAGACACCAUGUUCUCCACUUCGACAAAAAACUUACUGUGCAAAGUAUGGAGAGUACCAACUUCAGAAGAAGUAAUCCUGCUCCCUUUGCAACACUCAAUAAUUAUAUGAAUACCAUUUGAAAAAUAUUGAAAACUUAGAUUUAUAUGCUGGAAGAUAAUCAUAAUAAAAUCAAGAAAAGCAACAUUGGCGAUUUUUGUCUCCUAUCCUCGUAUGAAUUGACCCUUCUGCAUUACAUUUUUGUAAAUAGCAAUCUCUGAAGUAGCCGAUUAAGAAAUUACAGUCAAAAUUGUGAAAGUGAGAGAAAUUGAAAGUUUAUUGGGAAUGAUAAAAUAGACGAGUUACUAAAAAAGGGAUGCAUCAAAUUUCAUGAACUUGAGUGGGAAGUUUUUUAAUAUUCAAAUAUGAAACUUGUCUUUAGUAUUGGUUCAUAUAUGUUUCCGCAGUACUGAUACAAGCAUUGUAUGAAGGGAUAUAUUUUGGAAAAUUUCUAAUUGUGGACUGAAGAUUCAUAAAACAAUGGAAUUUAUCAUUAAGAGCAUUAUCUUAGCUGCUCGAGAAAAAGAUCGUGCAGGUUGUUUUGCUGAAAAUCGAAUUAUCACAAGGAAUAAAAAAUUGGAAAAUUUUAUUUUAGUUAGAAUCAGCAAGGAUUAACAUCUGAAUAACUAAACAUAAGUCACCGUGCUUAAUAGUGAAUAAUGUAACAUCAGUCAGGUCUACAAGGAGGAGAAGAAAACAACUGUUAAGAAAUCGCUUCUGAUACAGAAGCAAGUAAAAUUAACAAUAUAUUUCAAGAUCUUGUUUGUUUCAUUUGCUGGUUUCACAGGCUGUUCCCUAUUUCCCUUAAAGUCCCAUUUUUUAAUUUUUAAAAAGUCCCCUAUUUCCAAACCUUUUCCUAACUUUCCCCUUUUUUCCACAAAGGCAUUAUAAAAUCUUAAUUUUUGAGGUUUCGGUUACACAGUAAACACUGACAAAACUGAAAAUUGGUACAUUGAUGUCAUUUUCUCAAGAAAAUACAGAAAUUCAGCAUCAUUUAAAUAAUUUUCAUAGUCCCCUAAAAGUCCUCUAUUUUUAUAUUUUUAGUCCCCUAUUUCUCCUAAAAUACUUUUUAGGGUCACUGUGAAGCCUGCAUUGUAAUCAAUAUAUUUUUGUAAAGUAAAAUGCAAUUUAGGAUUCAGAAAUUAAAAGAAUUUCUUUGGUUUUAAAAUGUUUAUGAUAGCCUUAUAAAAAAAUGAAGUAACGAAAAAAAUACUUUUGAAAAUUAUUUAAAAUGCGUAUUUAAGUGCAUAAAUUUUGUGCAUAGCAAUUUAAAAAUUUCUGGAAGUUAUUUAAUAAUAUUGUUUCUCAGUGUAGUUGCUCACACUAAUAAAAGCCCGUAAAAAGCUACUUGCAAACCGAAAAAUUUCAAUUGGUUUCAAAUAGUUUUACCGAUUUUUUUGAAAAAUUACUUCCAAUUUGAAAAAGAUAUAAAAAAUUGUUAUGUUAAUAAUUCUGAAAAAUUACUUUUUAAAAUUAAAUAAUUAAAACAAAAUACACUUAUAAAUAUCUACAG